UGUUGUUCUUGCAUGAUUAUUGCGAACUGUGACUCAUCUUGAUUGCAUUUCGUUUUGUUUUUAAUAUUUCAUUAUAAUUUAUAAUAAGAAAGGCCUAAGCCUGCGUGUUUUUGUUAAUUGUUAUAAAUAAGCCGUCAAACUGGGUAACGAAAUGUCAUCGUCUGCGAUGGAGAAGCAUCUGUUCAAUUUAAAAUUUGCUGUGAAAGAAUUAGAGAGAAAUUCCAAAAAAUGUGAAAAAGAGGAAAAACUAGAGAAAGAGAAAGCAAAAAAGGCUAUUCAGAAAGGGAACAUGGAAGUUGCACGUAUUCAUGCUGAGAAUGCAAUACGACAGAAAAAUCAGGCCAUUAAUUACUUACGUAUGUCAGCAAGAGUCGAUGCUGUGUCUAGUAGAGUCCAGACUGCUCUUACAACAAGAAAGGUAACAACUUCAAUGGCUGGUGUGGUUAAGGCAAUGGAUGCAGCAAUGAAAUCAAUGAAUCUUGAGAAAAUAUCUAAUCUAAUGGAUAAAUUUGAAAGUCAAUUUGAAGAUUUAGAUGUCCAAUCAUCUUAUAUGGAGAACACAAUGUCACAAACUACUACAACAACUGUCCCACAGGGUGAUGUUGAUAACCUUUUACAACAGGUUGCUGAUGAGGCCGGUUUGGAACUAAACAUGGAGCUACCAUCUGGAGUGCCAAGUGCCUCAGUGGGUACUGCAACAGUGUCUCAGGAACAAGAUGAACUCACCCAAAGACUUGCAAGACUGAGACAAGCUGAAUAACUAUGUGAUGUACAGUAUUUUUAAGUUUUUAUUGCUGGUGUUAAGACUAUUUAUAAAAAAAGAAACAUUAUAUAUUAUACAAACGAAUACUAUUAGGGGCUGUUUAUAUUAAAACAUUUUCUAAUGUACUGUAUUCAUUAAAAAUGAUGUGGGGCUCAUAGCUCCCAUAAAAGGGUUUUGUAAAUCCAAAGAUGUUGGUUUAUAAGGUUGCAGAUAUGAAUCCCUGCCAUGCAUAUACAUUUUUAUUUUGUUAUUUUAUCUAAAAUAAAAUUAAAUUUAAAAUUCCAACUAUUUAAAUAUGAAUUUCAUUAUAAAAUAUAUAUUAUAAGCUAAUUAUUCACAGCCUCUAUUAUUGCAUUGUAAAUAUUAUUAUAACAAUCUUUCUUUUAAACCAGUCCAGUCCUUUUUUUAAGCCAAAUGUCAAUCAAAAUUGUUUCGUUUUUUUUAAAAUUAUAUAUAACAUUUUUCGACAUAUUUUGUUUUAACUAAAUUUGUAGCAGACGACGAAGAUUAAGAAAGUCUAUAUUUUGAAGAAACAUAAUAUUAUAUUUGGCUUUAAAAAUGGAAAUCUUAACUUUAUAAGUUGAAUUGUAAUGUUCCAUUAUUUUUAUUAAGUAUAUAUAAUGUAAACUAAAUAUAUUUAAAUAUGUUAUAGCUCUUUUCUAUGUAUUAAACUAUUUUCCAAUGGA